UCGUGCUUCGAUGUUGGUGUAUUUUGUAUAAAUCAGAACUGAAUUUCAUUGCCAAUAGUGGAAAAUAUGGAUGAUUCAGGAAAGAAUUUCGAAAUCCUAAAGCGAAUUACCGGCGUCGAGGUGGGAAGCCUGUGGUUCCUGCAUGAUGUCUCGUUUAAGGAGUUUUUCGACUGGUUUGGUCAAUCCGUGGGUCAGGACAAUUUGAUUUCGGACAGUUUGUUGAGAGAUUAUGCAGAUUUGGAAAACAACGGUCUCGUUUUAUCGGAGAAGGAAGUUCUAUCAGAGUUGGAAAUCCUCAGCAAGGACUAUGAACAUAUUUUGGAUUACACAAAUACCGAUGUUGAGGCUUAUGAGGAACAGUUGGAACAGUUGGUCACAAUCGAGGAGGAAUAUGAGAAGCUAAUUUGCGAGGCAAAAAACACGGAAAAGGUGCUAUCGAAAGAACUUGCCGACUUGGAUCUGCAGCUCAUCGAUGCCAUGUUUAAUCAAGGAAAAGUUGCGGCAGAAUGCGUGGAGAAAGCAAAGUUUGUGGAAGAAAUUCAAUCCAAUACGCAGCAGCAGAUUUUUGAUAUGCAUCAGUGCUACGUUCAAGCUCAAAACCCUCCACUGUUCGUCUAUCAGAUGCCAAUCGAACAGUUCAACAUGAAGUGCGAUCAAUUUCUCAAGUAUCUGGAGAUGUACAUCCGGAAACAUUUUUCCGUGCGCAAUUUGGACGAUUCGGAACAUGAACCAGAUCAUAACCAUAGGGAUAUAAUUGUGCAGCUGGAGAGCAUUAAAUCUCGACUCGAUUUGCAGGAGACUAAACUGACGGAUGCUAGCAAAGAAUACCAUGGAUUGAAAAGGAUGAUGGAGCGUUUUCAAGAUCUCAGCUGGCAGCCGAUGAAAAUAGAAGCUAUGAGGAAAGUUUGUGCGGAACUGAAAGGUACUAACGAACAAGACACGCUUCGGAUUGAUGUCCUCAAGCAGGAACUAGAGAUGUAUAUUCGCCAGAUGAACGAACAUCGAAUUGAGCAUAUUCUCUACGAAAACAGUAAACUCAAACUGAAUCGAGCCAUUAGUCGCUUGGAGUACAUCAAGAAGCUGGCUGGAAUUGUAUCGAGUGCUCUGAUAAACGCCGAACUGUUGUGGAUUUUGAUGCAGCUGGACCUGGAGAAGAUGAAAAACAAAUUUGACAACAGUGACGAAAUGAAUGCAGAAACUCAGCUUUGCUUGAAACGGAUCGAAGCAAUGAAAGCACUGGAAAGAAAUAAUGCAGAAGACGAAGCGUACGAGGAGUUUGUGGGCCAGAUUGCUUCAGUAAUGGAUUCGUUGAAUUUGAGCCAAUCGUCUCCAUCCGGGGAUCGAUCGUUGAGUUUGAAGAACUGCCUGCAGGAUUUUGAGGACUUCAAGAAACGAACGUACAAAAAUUUGCAGUCCAUCGUGAAAGGGAAGUUCUACAAGAAUAUGGAUGAAAUAAUCGGGGAAUUGAAUGAAAGUGAAACAUUACUGAGGAAAUACGUAUUCGAUGGGCCGGUGAAUAAGCCGCAGUUCUUCGAUCAGCUGUAUCAGGAACGAAUGCAACGGUUGAGCUUCGAAAUGGAGCAGAUCGAGAAGGAGUUGAAGACACUGAAGACUGACUACCAGCAAAAUAUCAACGAACCAAAGAACAAUAAAUUCUGGCGCUACAACCGAAACCUGUGGGUGUGGUUCCUGACCGAACCGAAAAAGGUGGCCGUCGCAAUCAAGGAAGUCACCGCCGCUGCAUCGAAAAUGGCUGCCUACAAAAGCAUCUCCGGCAUCAAGUGCAAGCCCAUGGCCGAUGAAAUGAAGUUCUGAAAGGCGGUAGAUUUUACGACACAAGUGAUACUUUAUGCUUA